UUCCAGGCUGACCAACUGACAGAAGAACAAAUCGCUGAAUUCAAAGAGGCAUUCUCGCUCUUCGAUAAAGAUGGUGAUGGCACCAUCACGACAAAAGAAUUGGGCACAGUGAUGCGAUCACUAGGACAAAAUCCAACAGAAGCCGAACUGCAAGACAUGAUAAAUGAAGUCGAUGCUGACGGUGAGUGUUCAGAAGUUAAUUAACAUACUUUUGUAUGG